CCUGCACACUUGGGACGUUUCGCUGCUUCUGCAGCUCCCUAUAAAAGCCCCUCAGGUCCUUUUUUGUUUUCAUCUCUUUUAUUCAGCACAGAGAGAGAGAGAGAGAGAGAGAGAGAUGGCGAUGGCGGUGGCGAUCAGGAGGGCGGGGUCGACGGCGAGUAUGCGGCGGAUCACGGCCGGUGUCGGCCUGAGAUCCAUGUCCUCAUGGUGGCGAAGCGUCGAGCCUGCUCCUAAGGAUCCGAUCCUCGGAGUUACCGAAGCUUUCCUCGCCGAUCCUUCUCCCGACAAAGUCAAUGUUGGUGUGGGGGCAUAUCGCGAUGACAACGGCAAACCUGUUGUGUUGGAUUGUGUAAGAGAAGCCGAGCGAAGGAUUGCUGGGGCUUCGUAUAUGGAGUAUCUCCCUAUGGGAGGGAGUGUCAAAAUGGUGGAGGAAACAUUGAAGCUGGCCUAUGGGGAUAAUUCUGAGUUUAUCAAAGACAAAAGAAUAGCUGCAAUUCAGUCUCUCUCGGGAACUGGUGCUUGCCGAAUAUUUGCAGACUUUCAGAAACGUUUUCGUCCUGAAUCACAGAUCUACAUUCCUGUGCCAACCUGGUCCAACCACCACAAUAUUUGGAGAGAUGCUCAAGUCCCUCAGAAAACAUAUCAUUACUAUCAUCCAGAAACCAAGGGUUUGAACUUCUCGGCAUUGAUGGAUGAUGUAAAGGAUGCUCCAAAUGGGUCGGUCUUUCUGCUCCAUGCUUGUGCUCAUAAUCCUACUGGGGUAGACCCAACAGAAGAACAAUGGAGAGAGAUAUCACAGUUGUUCAAGGUUAAAGGUCAUUUUGCCUUCUUUGAUAUGGCAUACCAAGGUUUUGCUAGUGGUGAUCCAGAGAGAGAUGCCAAGUCCAUCAGAAUCUUUCUGGAGGACGGUCACCAAAUUGGAAUUUCUCAAUCAUAUGCAAAGAACAUGGGACUGUAUGGCCAGAGGGUAGGAUGCCUCAGUGUGCUUUGUGAAGAAGAGAAGCAAGCGGUGGCUGUGAAAAGUCAGUUGCAGCAGCUGGCGAGACCUAUGUACAGCAACCCACCUCUGCAUGGUGCCCUCAUCGUCUCUACCAUCCUCGGAGACCCUGAGUUGAAGAGCCUCUGGCUCAAGGAAGUCAAGGGGAUGGCGGAUAGGAUAAUAGGAAUGAGGAGCGAGCUGCGUGAAAACCUGGAGAAGAUAGGGUCACCUCUAUCAUGGGAGCACAUCACGAAGCAGAUAGGGAUGUUCUGCUACAGUGGGCUAACACCAGAACAGGUGGACCGAAUGACAAAGGAAUACCACAUCUACAUGACCCGCAAUGGCCGUAUCAGCAUGGCGGGGGUUACAACAGGCAACGUCGGCUACCUUGCCAAUGCCAUCCACGCCGUCACCACCACCGAUUCUUCUUAACUGAGAGAGAAAGGUAGAUGACGUUGUGAAUUGGGAAAAUGCGAUCUUGGAGAGUCAAAUAAAAGACCAGGUGGUACACAUAUAUUACCGUCUCUAUUCUUCUGACAUCAUCCAUCGGCAGCCCUCCAAUAAGAUUAUAACAUUUUUUUUUUCCCUAAAUUUCUGUUGACGCCAUAAUCGUGCAAAUGGCAAAUGCUGAUUUUGCACUUAACUAUAUGCCUUUUAGUGCUUUGAAUCCAUUUCGCACUUGCCUUU